UCCGGGAGCACUUCAUUUCGCAAGCCACCUUCGCCAUGUUACUUCUGUUUGUCGCCGCCUGUGGGUUUCUGGCUGCCGAGGCCAUCGUGUGCACCCCUGACAUGUGCAAGGGUAGCUGCCCUGACCUUAGUGGCUGUAAGGGCACGGUCAAGGCCAACGGCGGGUUCUGUGGCUGCUGCGACACCUGUGUUAAUCUUCUAGGAGAAAAUGAGAAGUGUAGUUUCAGCUUCUUGUUGGGUGUUCCCUCUAGUUCCGAGUGUGGACCCGGUUUACACUGUAGCUUGAAGACCGUGACUUGUGUCAAAGCUGUCAAAAGACAAGUGGCACUCGGUCCUUGUGCACUGAAACUGAAACAGCUGCAGACUGGUACCCCCAUGUUGGGUGUCCAGACCCCCACGUGUAACCAGGACGGAUCCUACAAGUCCGUACAGUGCAUGGGAUCAGUAUGCUACUGUGUGGAUUCUGCCGGGAUUGAGAUUGCUGGCUACAGAACAAGCAUCGGAGCCACCGACUUCUCCACCAAGAACUGCCAGUGUGCACGUGACAAGGAGCAGUUCUCCAAGACCGGGAUGCUGGGCCAGACGUUCACCUGUGAGAACAAUGGAAACUACCAGCAGUACAAGUGCGAGGGAUCCGUCUGCUUCUGUACUGAUGACAAUGGCAAGAUGGUUGGAACCGCGAAGGUCAACAUUGGCCUCCUCUCUACCCUCAAGUGUUGACCUGUGACACAAAGCCUGGUUGCAGUCGCAGUCUUCAGGACAGUAAAAAUAUAUUCCAAAUAAAAGUGUUUAUGAAAUAUUGAUGAAACAGA